GGCACUAGUAUUAUACCAAGAGUAUGAGAAAUACAGUGCUUUAUGGCUCUAACAUCAUUGCCUUCAGUAUCAAGGCUGCCUGGAGAAAGGAUGGCAGCCUCAGGGCUUCCUUAUAUCCUCCACCACAAGAGCUCCUUGAUGAGGGCCAUCUUUUUCCCCUAUCCUGCUCUCCCCUCCCUGCUCCUAAUGGUACAUGGGUACUCAGGCUGGUUCUUGGGCUAGGUAGUGGGGACCAAGUUCAUUACCUCCCUAUCAGUUCUAGCAGAGUAAACUACGGUACCAGUGUUAGUGGGAAGAGCUGGGUUUUCCUGGUAUACCCACUGCAUCCUACUCCUAUCUGGUCAACACGCUGCUUCCAGGAAGUCCAGCUCCUUAAACUGACGCUAGUCAAUAAACCUGGGCAAGUGAGGCAAGAGAAAUGAGAAUGAAUCCAUCUGUGAGGUGACAGGCAAGGAUGAAAGACAAAGAAGGAGAAGAGUAUCAAAAGCAGAGAGGAGAUCAUUUAGUUGGGUCUGAAAGGAAAAGUCUUUGCUAUCCAACAUGUACUGCUAGUACCUGUAAGCAUUUUAGGUCCCAGAAUGGAAAAAAAAAAAUCAGCUAUUGGUAAUAUAAUAAUGUCCUUUCCCUUGAGUCAGUUUUUUAAAAAAGUUAACUCUUAGUUUUUACUUGUUUAAUUCUAAAAGAGAAAGGAGCUGAGGCCAUUCCCUGUAGGAGUAAAGAUAAAAGGAUAGGAAAAGAUUCAAAGCUCUAACAGAGUCACAGCUUUCCCAGGUAUAAAACCUAAAAUUAAGAAGUACAAUAAGCAGAGGUGGAAAAUGAUCUAGUUCCUGAUAGCUACCCACGGAGCAAGUGAUUUAUAAAUCUGAAAUCCAAACUACUUUCUUAAUAUCACUUUGGUCUCCAUUUUUCCCAGGACAGGAAAUAUGUCCCCCCUAACUUUCUUGCUUCAGAAAUUAAAAUCCAGCAUCCCAAGAUCAUUCUACAAGUAAUUUUGCACAGACAUCUCCUCACCCCAGUGCCUGUCUGGAGCUCACCCAAGGUCACCAAACAACUUGGUUGUGAACCAACUGCCUUAACCUUCAGGGGGAGGGGGAUUAGCUAGACUAGGAGACCAGAAGUGAAUGGGAAAGGGUGAGGACUUCACAAUGUUGGCCUGUCAGAGCUUAAUGAUUAGAAGCCAAGCCAGUGGCAGCAAAGGCAGGCUUGGCCCAGGAAAAACCUGUGGGCUGUGCUAAUUUCUGUCCAGAAAAUAGGAUGGACAGAAGCUUGUGGGGUGCAUGGAGGAAUUGGGACCUGGUUAUGUUGUUAUUCUCGGACUGUGAAUUUUGGUGAUGUAAAACAGAAUAUUCUGUAAACCUAAUGUCUGUAUAAAUAAUGAGCGUUAACACAGUAAAAUAUUCAAUAAGAAGUCAAA